GAGUGAACACGUUACGAGCGCGUCGAUCGCAAAACUCAAACAUAAAAUUUGUUGACUCUUUGUCCCCCCGCUAGAAAGUUGUUUACGUGCCCGUCGCCCGCAACUAUCAAAGGGUUUCUAAGCUAACGGCAACUGUUUAGUGUAGUGAAGCGCACAAAUGGUGCACCAAGUGUAAAAUACAAAGGCAACUGCUUACGCAAGGAUUAACUGAGAGACAGUUUGAUAGACAAAAGCCGCCAAAAUAGCCGAACUAAUCGCCGCCUCGCCCGCACAAUCAACGCGCGUAUUUAUGACUAAAAUGAUUCCGCCGGUACCCACCUCUGCCGUCAUGUUGCCCACACCCAAGCAGAAGAUUGGCUUCAGCAUCGAUUCGAUUGUUGGCAACGAUGCGACGGUGACUGCCGCUGGAGGCAAUCCGGAACAGCAGCCUAGCAGCCCGCAGCCAGAUCGGAAUGGACCCGGAUCGCCGCCCCAAACGCCGCCUGCUGCACUCACAAUGCUAUCUGCCACGCCUACACCGCCUCAUCAUUUGAUGGCGCCACCAACACAUCAUGUCGGCCACGUGCUGCCGCCUCACAUGGCACCGCAUCCACAUGCGCAUCCGCACCCUCAUCCUCAUCUCUCGCCAGCCCAACAGCACGCACUGCAUCAGCAUCUACUGCUCCACCAGCAACAGCAGGGCACACCAAAGUCACAUCAUGAUAUACAGGAGCUGCUUCAGCGCUUGCAUCACAACGCCGCCGUCGCCAACAGCCUCAGUCCACUCCAGACACGCCUCUCGCCGCUGGGCGAUAUCAAUUCAACACCCGUUGGUGUUUCUGUGAAGCGAGAGCGUUCGCCUGCCCCGCCUGGCUCGGAUCAACUAGAGAACCCAGCGCAGCGCAUUCAGCCGCCACAUACGCCGCCCAAAUCGGUAUCGCCGCAAUCGUCGCAGCCCUCCUCAUCGCCCACACUGCUGGUCAGCAGUCCGCACAAUACGCCACCUCAGCAGCCGCAGCAACAGCCACCCAACUACCCCAAGACACCUGUAAUGCAUUCCUCCGCCGGCCCUGGCUCAGCUGGCCCCGGCCACAAUCCGCUCAUGCUGCCGGGCAUGCCGCCAGCGGGCCUAGUGCGUCCAUUCCCGAUGGGCCCAGGCGGUCCACCGCCGCCGCAAGGUCAGCCGGGUAUGCCCGACAUCAAGGCACUGCCGCCGUACAUCAACACGCCGCCGGAGCUGGCGCCUCAGCACAAUCCGCAUCUGAUUGCCGCCGCCCAAUUCCAAAUGGCCGCAGCUUUGCAAGCCGGCCAUGUGCUGGGUCCUGCAGCAGCUGCCGCAGCAGCGGCCGGUCUACCCCCACACGCCGCCGCCUCCUUCAUGGGCAAUCCGGGCAUGCCACGAGAAAGCUAUCCACUCUACCCAUGGCUGCUCAGUCGCCACGGCCGCAUCUUUCCACAUCGUUUUCCUGGAAACUUCCUUCUGCAACCUUUCCGUAAGCCAAAGCGCAUUCGCACUGCCUUCUCGCCGUCGCAGCUGCUAAAACUGGAGCACGCCUUUGAGAGCAAUCAGUAUGUGGUUGGAGCAGAGCGCAAGGCACUUGCUCAGUCACUCAAUCUGUCUGAGACACAGGUUAAGGUCUGGUUCCAGAAUCGUCGCACCAAACACAAACGCAUGCAGCAGGAGGACGAGAAGGGCGGUGGCUCCGGCUCCGAACGCAACAUGCACAACGGCAGCGGCGACGAAGAUGAUGACGAGCUCAUCGACAUGGAAAUGGACGAUUGCGCCAGCGAUGAUGAGCAUGAUCUGGAUGCGAGUCAUUAAGUGGCCACU